ACUCAUCUUCCCAGUCGUCCCAUUUCAGCAACCAAUUAUAACUCUUGCUCCUCUCACUCCUGGCAGCAAGAGAGCAUCCAAAUCCCAAUUCGUGGCCUCCCCGUCGCUCCGAUUCUAGCUGGCCGUCCAGCCCCAGAUCCGAAUCCGCGCGCGCCUCGCCAUUGUCGCCGUACCGGAGCUUUUCCUGCAGGGAAUGGUGCAUUCUAGGCGGUGGUAGGUACGAGCGCGACUGUGGGGGAAGAGGCGGUGGCGGUAGCGGUAGCGAUGGCCGGCGCAGAGAGGGAGAGGAGCAGGUUGCCGCCGGCGCUGCCCCUGGCCACGCUGAUCGGGCGCGAGCUCCGCGCUGGAGGCUCCGAGCGCCCGGCCCUGCGCUACGGCCACGCCGGCUUCGCCAAGCGCGGGGAGGACUACUUUCUUGUCAAGCCCGACUGCCUCCGCGUCCCCGGCGACCCCUCCACGGCCUUCUCUGUCUUCGCUGUGUUCGACGGCCACAAUGGGGUGUCGGCGGCGGUGUUCAGCAAGGAGCAUCUGCUGGAGCACGUGAUGAGCGCGCUGCCGCCGGAGAUCGGCAGCCGCGACGACUGGCUGCAGGCGCUGCCCCGCGCGCUCGUCGCCGGCUUUGUCAAGGCGGACAUCGACUUCCAGCGAAAGGGGGAGGUGUCGGGGACGACAGCAACGCUGGUGGUCGUCGAUGGCUUCACGGUCACCGUGGCCUCGGUUGGGGAUUCCCGGUGCAUUCUUGACACACAGGGCGGCGAGCUGCAGCUGCUAACUGUGGACCACAGGCUGGAGGAGAAUGUCGAGGAGAGGGAGCGUGUCACGGCCAGUGGUGGGGAGGUCGGCCGUCUGAACCUCUUCGGCGGGCAGGAGGUCGGUCCUCUUCGUUGCUGGCCAGGUGGCUUGUGCCUCUCAAGAUCCAUUGGGGACAUGGAUGUUGGGGAGUACAUUGUGCCGAUUCCACAUGUCAAGCAAGUGAAGCUCUCAAAUGUCGGAGGAAGGCUGAUAAUGGCAUCAGAUGGCAUAUGGGAUGCACUAUCCAAUGAAGCAGCGGCAGAGUCAUGCCGAGGAUUGCCUGCAGAACUGGCUGCAAAGCUUGUAGUUAAGCAAGCUCUAAAGAAAAGUGGGCUGAAGGAUGACACCACUUGUGUGGUGGUUGACAUCAUCCCAUCCGAUCAUCGUUUGCCAUCGCCACAGUUAUCCCCAAAGAGAAACCAGAACAAGCUCAAGUCUCUUCUUUUUGGUAGAAGGUCACACAGUUCGAUCGGAAAGUUUGGAGGCAAAUCUGCCUCUAUUGGUUCUGUAGAGGAGUUAUUCGAAGAAGGCUCUGCAGUGUUGGAAGAAAGGUUGGGUAGGAAUUUGUCUUUGAAAGAAACAACUUUGCCACCGUCUCGCUGUGCAAUCUGCCAAGUGGACCAAGAACCAUUCGAAGGUUUGAUGGAGGAGAAUGGAGGUAGUCACUGCUCUUCUCCAUUUGCGCCUUGGGGAGGUCCUUAUCUGUGUCUGGACUGUCGAAAAAAGAAGGACGCGAUGGAGGGCAAAAGAGCUAGCUGCUCGACAGCCUGUAGGUGAAAAGAAGCAUGACUCGUGAAGCAUGCUUCUCAGUGUGAAAACUAAAGAGAUGAUAAGUUGUUGGUGAUUCAAUUAUUAUUGUUUGCUAAAACUAACUACAUUCCCAGCCCGGUAUAAAUUGUAUUUGGCUGCUAACCAGCUUGUUGCCUGCAGAAUCCUAAUAGUGCAAGUUAUUUAUAUUGUUGAGGAAACUUUGAUGUGGACUGUACCAUUCUGUAUGGAGAAAUGAUCUGCUAAUUUAUUGUGUA